CCAUUUUUACAGACCCCAACGUGACGCUCCAUGGCCUGCAGCCGUUCCGCAAGUAUGCGAUGCGCGUCAGGGCAGUCAACGCAUUUGGCUCCGGCCCCCUCUCUCUUCCCGUGACGCGGACCACCACUCAGGACAUUCCAGGAAAACCAGAGCAGUUCAGAGUGGAACAGGUCACGGACACGACGGUACAACUGCACUGGGAAGAACCCCGGGAACCCAACGGAGUGCUCGUGGAGUACGAGGUGUUGGUGGAGGGCAGCGACGAGGACGGUCCGCGGCCAGGUGCGAAGGCAAACGUGUUGGCCGACAACGACCGGACCGCGACGUUGGAAGACCUCUCUCCCGGACAGAGCUACAAAGCCCUGGUGAGGGCCCUCACCGUUGCGGGGCCGGGACCGUACGCCGUGAGCCACUUCACGACGGCCCCCGCGGGGGUCAAAUACGAAGAUGUCGAAGUUAGCUACGUCUCCGGAGGUCCUUUCAGCGCAACCCUCCGACUGACAUUUCCAAAAGACCUAGCACUGAGUUACUACGAGGUGGUACUCUCCAAGCAAGAGCCAGGCUCGCACGCUGCCCCAAGCUACCCUGUUGCGAAAGUGCAUGCUGUGACCAACUCAACUACAGAAUACUUCGUCGUAGGGGACGGCCUCUACUACGGCGGGUUUUUCAAUGCUCCCCUUCUCCCCAGCACCGGCUACAAAGCUGUCGUGCUUGCGGUCUUUGAAAACAGCCGAGGCAGCGAGCCCGUGCGGCUAGCAUCCAAACCCCUGAUCUUCACCACAGGAGAAGCGCCGGUGCGGCUGGACAUUCGUUCGGUGUCCGUGUACCUGUCCCUGUGGAUCCUGGUACCGGUGGCCAUAGCCCUCAGUCUUGUGGUCAUCACCACCACUGUCCUGGUGCUCUUACUCCGCAGGCAGGAGUUUGACGUGACGCUGCACGAUCCAGUUUUCGACGAGCCAGUGAUGCGCGCCGACUCGAGUGCGUGUUCCUCCGACGAGGAGCCUCCGAAACCGCUGGCGGACUACGAGGCCAGUCCAAACGUCCCGCGGAUUGACUGGCAGACCUUCCAGAGCACCUACAUGUGAGGGCAAGAUGCCACCGAUCAGAUCAGCCAGUAAACAAGUUGUCGUCCCGUGCCCACAACAGAUACCGUGCGACCACCGUGAUGAAACGACUUUAUGACAACUACCGUGAUCUCGGCGGAUCGCAUCGGAAACCCUGCAGCAGGAAGGCCGGCCCACAAACCAGUUUCGGCUCAAUAAAGGACACCAUUGUUUCGUUUUUGAA